AUGCAUUUACUUUAUAAUGGAUUUGGACAAGGCAGUAAGAAUUUCCAUGGAGUUGGAGUUGGAGUUGGAGUUGGACUGGCGCUGGCAGCUAUAGUUUAAUGGAAUCAUCAAGACUGAGCCUUUGUCCUUCAUCUUCGGUCCCUUGUCUGGCGCCUCCCCAAUAAAUAUAGUAGAACCCUAACUACCUCCACUUCACUCACUCUCACUCUUUUACAUUUCACAGUUUAAUCACAACCACCCACUCAAGAAAACGAAAAAGAAAAGAAAACUACAAGCCCAGGUGGAUUAGCCGCCUUCUUGUUGUGGUGAACUGAAGAAUAAAUGUUGGUGGUGGUUGAUGGGCUGCAGUUCUUGAUAUUUGCUGCUGUUUGUGUGGAAAAGACAGGAAUUUACUGUGGGAGUGCUUGGUGACCAAGUGGGAUUACAACUAUUGUUACUGUGCAGCAUUUUCUGGGUUUAUAUUCCUUUCUUGGAUCAAUGUAAAUGAUUCACAUGGAGAAAAUGUGAGUAAGAGGUAGAAGGAGGAAAAAGGAACAGGAAAAGAUAUAGAAGUGAAGUUCAAGUUCGCAUAUUGGAUCAUCCAUUGCCUAUCUAGUGAUCGUGCUGAUUUGAUUGCGACGACUGGAGGUGUUGGAAGAGAAUUGAGUAAAAUGAGGAACAGAGAGUUGAAUGGUUCUUUCGUGUUCCUAAUAUUUUCAGCUCUUCUGAUUUUGGGGAAAGCAGAAAUAUACAUUGUGACACUUGAAGGAGAGCCUGUGAUAAGCUAUAGAGGUGGUGUUAGCGGAUUUGAGGCCACUGCAGUGGAUUCUGAUUCUGAUGAGAAGAUUGAUGUCACCAGUGAAUUGGUCAUAUCCUAUGCCCAUCAUCUAGAAAAGAGGCAUGAUAUGCUUCUUGACAUGCUGUUUGACCAAGGAACCUACAGAAAAAUUUAUAGCUACCGUCAUCUGAUUAAUGGAUUUGCAGUUCAUCUUUCACCUGAGCAGGCAGAAAUACUUGGACGAGCACCUGGCGUGAAAUCUGUGGAGAGAGAUUGGAAAGUGAGAAAACUCACCACCCACACUCCACAAUUUUUGGGGCUCCCAACUGGAGUGUGGCCUACGGGAGGUGGAUUUGAUCGAGCUGGAGAAGAUAUUGUAAUAGGCUUUGUUGAUUCAGGAAUUUAUCCUCAUCAUCCUAGCUUUGCAACUCACCACUCUGAUCCUUAUGGACCUGUUCCGAAGUAUAGAGGUAAAUGUGAAAUUGACCCAAACACAAAGAGGGACUUCUGUAAUGGGAAGAUCGUUGGAGCUCAGCAUUUUGCUGAAGCUGCUAAAGCUGCUGGUGCAUUUAAUCCAGACAUUGAUUUUGAUUCUCCGCUUGAUGGUGAUGGACAUGGAAGUCAUACGGCAGCUAUUGCAGCUGGUAAUAACGGGAUUCCAGUGAGGAUGCAUGGGUUUGAAUUUGGAAGAGCAAGUGGAAUGGCACCACGUGCUAGGAUUGCUGUGUACAAGGCACUCUACAGAAUAUUCGGUGGAUUUGUUGCAGAUGUAGUUGCUGCCAUUGAUCAGGCUGUUCAUGAUGGUGUGGAUAUUUUGAAUCUCUCAGUGGGCCCCAACAGUCCUCCCGCUACUACAAAGACCACGUACUUGAACCCUUUCGAUGCUACCCUUCUUUCAGCUGUUAAAGCUGGAGUGUUUGUUGUACAAGCAGCUGGCAAUGGAGGUCCUUUUCCUAAAACCUUGCUGUCUUACAGCCCAUGGAUAGCAACUGUAGCUGCUGCAGUUGAUGAUCGGAGAUACAAGAAUCAUCUUACCUUGGGGAAUGGAAAAAUCUUAGCCGGAAUUUGUUUGUCUCCUGCUACACAUGCAAAUCGAACAUUCACAUUGGUUGCAGCUAACGAUGUGCUGCUGGAUUCCUCUGCAGCCAAGUAUAGUCCUUCUGACUGCCAGCGGCCUGAAGUUUUGAACAAAAACUUAGUGCAGGGAAACAUUCUUCUCUGUGGUUAUUCUUUUAAUUUUGUUGUCGGCACUGCUUCAAUCAAGAGAGUCUCAGAGACUGCUAAGAGUCUUGGUGCAGCUGGCUUCGUCCUAGCAGUUGAAAAUGCUUCUCCAGGGACAAAAUUUGAUCCUGUUCCCGUUGGUAUUCCUGGGAUCCUCGUGACUGAUGUUAGCAAGUCAACGGAACUUAUUGACUACUAUAACGUCUCUACACCUAGAGACUGGACAGGGCGAGUAAAGAGCUUCAAAGCAGUGGGAAGCAUUGGGGAAGGCCUGAGGCCUAUACUCCAUAAGUCUGCACCACAAGUUGCACUGUUCUCUGCUCGAGGACCUAAUAUCAAAGAUUACAGUUUUCAAGACGCAGAUCUCCUGAAACCAGAUAUUCUAGCUCCCGGCUCUCUAAUUUGGGCUGCUUGGGCUCCAAACGGAACAGACGAGCCAAAUUACGUCGGUGAAGGCUUCGCAAUGAUAUCUGGAACUAGCAUGGCUGCACCUCAUAUAGCCGGAAUAGCUGCUCUCAUGAAGCAGAAGAACCCUCACUGGAGCCCUUCUGCUAUCAAAUCGGCAUUGAUGACUACAUCGACGACCAUUGACAGGGCCGAGAGACCACUUCAAGCGCAACAAUAUUCAGGAUCAGAGACUAUGUCUCUGGUCCCGGCAACACCUUUCGAUUAUGGAAGUGGGCAUGUGAAUCCUAGAGCAGCUCUGGAUCCUGGACUCAUUUUUGAUGCAGGAUAUGAAGAUUACUUGGGAUUCUUGUGCACGACGCCUGGAGUGGAUGCUCACGAGAUUAGUAACUACACCAACAGCCCCUGCAACUACACUCUGGGUCAUCCAUCAAAUCUCAACACCCCCUCGAUCGCAAUUUCACAUCUAGUGGGAACUCAAACAGUCAGUCGCACAGUCACGAAUGUGGCUGAGGAAGAAACCUAUGUGAUAACAGCAAGAAUGGCACCGGCAAUAGCCAUCGAAACCAAUCCUCCAGCAAUGACUCUAAGACCUGGUGCGUCCCGGAAAUUCUCUGUUACUCUCACUGUACGAUCAGUCACAGGAACCUACAGCUUUGGCGAGGUUUUGCUUAAAGGCAGUCGAGGGCACAAGGUCAGGAUCCCCGUUGUGGCCAUGGGCUACAAUCGAUAAUGUAGCCCCGAAAGUUAAAUCUGGCGAUAUUCUUUGGAUUUAUGUGGAAUAAUAUGCGUAACGUGGAUGGUUUUUGUCCAAAAAAUAUAUAAAUGUAAAGAUAAAGUAGCAUGAGGGGGGAGACAUACCCUGGUUUCGUCCCCGAUCUAUAUAUAACUUUUGAGUUUAGUUCUGUAAGGUCGUGGAAUGGCUUGUGUUCCAUGUAAGAAUAUAGUUUGAAGAAGGCUUAGUAGGUUUGACAUCCUCUUUGUACCGUAUUUUUGACUGGAUGUAUGUUGUAAUAAUAGCAGCCCUUUGUUUUACA